UAGCCAAGUCUUUCUCUAUUUUCUUUUCCUUCUCCUUCUCCUUCCCGAAUCGUUUCAUUUCUCCCACGAGACUCACUCAGAUCAUCCUCAUCCUUCGUCUCAGUCUCACAGGACCCAAUAUAAAUAAGAAGCUUCUAAAUCUCUUCACUAUCUGAUGUGAUAUUUAUGAAGGGUUAGUGGAAGAAUUCUGUGGUGAAGUAAAGUGACUAAUUGCCUUAAAUCAGAAACGACAUCAAGUUCCAUGGAAGAAGAGCAUCAAUGUUCUAGAAGUGGUGAAGAACCACAGACACAGGAACUGGAUGGAGAAGAUCAACAGCUGCAGCAUCAAUGCCAACAACCUGGAGCCGAAGAGAAACUUGUAUUGCAAUUUAUGGAUUCAAUGGAUAACUACCUAUCCCUCUUUGAUGUAGUGUCCUCCACCCUUCGACAGGGAUGGUUUGACUUAGCUAGUGCUCGACAUUCCAUGGGUGCUUCUCGCAUUAAUAGUUCUUUAUUGGACCUGAAAUUGCAUUCAGCCGCUACAACAUUGAAGAUAACCAACUAUGAUGGUACACAGCCACGCUUCAUGUUGCAUAAAUGGGUAUCCUCUGAACAUGAAAGUACUCAGUUAGAAGAUGAGAAUGUGCAGUCACAAGAUAGUAGUAGUGUGAAAUCUUCUGGACUUGCAGAUAAUGCUGAAGUUCAAAAUGAGCGAUCCAAGUCCUUGUCAGUUUUUGGAGUUUUAAUUUCCCCAAAGCUUCGAGCCUCCCAGCUGUCAUUUGAGAAAGCACUAGAGACACUCAUAGAAAUAGCUAAUUUGCAAAAGUCAUUAUUAUAUUCUUUUCACCAACUUCAAAAGGUGGAAGAUACCAAAGAAUAAAAAAGUACCAGCUCCUUCAGGCUGCUCGAAAUGCGUCGCAUGUGGACAAUCUGAUUGGAGUAUUGAGGAUCCAGCAUUCAAUGAUUUUGGUGUUCUAUUCUAUUUAUUGAUGCAUCAUCAGAAGACAGUGAACAUCUUCCUCAUUAUGCUUAUUUCAUUUUUAUAUUGGUUACAAAAUACAAAUACAUGAACAUUGGUUAUAGUGAGGGGGAAGGGUUUUACUUUUACCCAACGCAGGCGUUUAGUUUUGCGCAUGCCGAAGGGGCGUAACCUUUCUCUGCCACAUAUAUGGCCGGAAGCCAAUACAAAGGAUUCAUUUUGGUUGACUGAAUUAAUUUACUAAUGAAAAUAUUAUCAUUCUAAAAAGAACCCCUAUUUGAGUGUUUAGGACUAUAAUGAGUUUAGUUUUGUCAGGGGAUAAGUUUUUAUUUUAUUUUAUUUUUUAUAUCCUAAAAUUAUGUU